AUGCGCAACUCCGCCGCCGCCCAGACCCCUCCUCCCGCCUCCUCUACCGCCACGCGCCGCCUACGUCGCGCCCGCCUCUUCCGCCCCCGGCGGCGGAUACACCUACCCGGCGCCCGCCUCCUCCGGGGGCAGCAGCAGCGCCGGGUACGCCAAGAUCCCCCAACCUACCCGGCGCCCCAGUCGGCGUACCCUAACCCCAACCCCAACCCUCCCCCGACGCAAGUCUCCACCCACGCCGCCGCGGUCCAGGACCCCACGGCGCCGCCGUCGCCGCUGGCCAAGGCGGGCGAGCUCGUCACGCGGCUCCGCGAGCAGGGCCAGGCGCUCAUCGCGGCGCGCCGGCCCUGGGCCGAGGUCUUCCGCGCGCCGGCCUUCUCCAAGCCGCCCUCCCUCGGGGAGGCGCUCGCCCGGAUGCGCCGCAACACCGCCUACUUCCGCGCAAACUACGCGCUGGCCGUGCUCGCCGUCGUGGCGGCCUCGCUGCUCUGGCACCCCGGCACUCUCUUCGUGCUCCUCUUCCUCUGCGCCGCCUGGUUCUUCCUCUACUUCGCGCGGCCCGCGCAGGGGGGCCAGCCACUCAGGGUCCUCGGGAUGGAGUUCGAUGACGGCACCGUGCUCGCCGCGCUCUGCGGGGUCACCGUCGUCGCCAUGCUCUUCACCAGCGUUGGCUGGAACGUCGUCGGCUCCGUCAUGAUCGGGGGCGCGCUGGUCAGCGCGCACGCCGCACUAAGGACCACCGACGACCUCUUCCUCACGGAGCAGGAGGCCGCCGGGGACGGCCUGGUGGCCACUGGCAUGAGCGCCGCCGGGCCCAUCUUGCCCACCUAUGUCCGCAUUGGUUGA